GGCGCAGCCACUUCCGCCCUCUUGACGUCGCUGAGCCGCCUCCUCUCGCGAGCGGCGGGACGCAGGGAGCGGGUGGCUGCGGAGAAGCCGGGAGAGAGAUCAGACGGCAGGUCCAUCGGCACCACAACAAUGGCAGACUUUGGCAUAUCGGCUGGCCAGUUUGUGGCUGUGGUGUGGGAUAAGUCAUCUCCGGUGGAGGCUCUGAAAGAGUUGGUGGACAAGCUUCACGUGUUAACUGGCAGCGAGGGGCAGGUGUCUGUGGAGAACAUCAACCAGCUGUUACAGUCUGCCCACAAGGAAUCCAGCUUUGACGUGAUCCUGUCCGGGGUAGUCCCAGGCAGCAGCAUGCUGCACACUGCUGAGAUUUUGGCCGAGAUGGCCCGGAUCCUUCGGCCCGGGGGAUGCCUCUUCCUAAAGGAGCCAGUAGAGACGGCCGGAGUUGACAAUAGCGAACUGAAGACACCAUCUAAACUGUGUUCAGCCCUGACUCUCUCCGGUCUUGUGGAAGUGAAAGAGCUGCAGCGUGAGUCCCUAAGCCCUGAAGAGUCCCAGUCUGUCCGGGAGCACCUGGGUUGCAAGAGUGGUAGCCUGCUGUCUGUUCAGAUCACGGGCAAAAAACCAAACUUUGAAGUGGGUUCUUCCAGUCAGCUGAAACUCUCCAUCGCCAAGAAGUCUCCUGCAGCGAAGCCUGCUGUGGACCCUGCCGUGGCCAAGCUCUGGACGCUUUCGGCCAACGACAUGGAGGACGAGGGCACGGAUCUCAUUGACUCGGAUGAGUUGCUGGAUGCAGAAGAUUUGAAGAAGCCGGACCCAGCUUCCCUGAGGGCUGCCUCGUGUGGGGAAGGGAAGAAGAGGAAGGCCUGCAAGAACUGCACCUGUGGCCUCGCGGAAGAACUGGAGAAGGAAAAGGCGGCAGAACAGAAGAGCUCCCAGCCCAAGUCGGCCUGCGGGAACUGCUACCUGGGUGAUGCUUUCCGCUGUGCCAGCUGCCCCUACCUCGGAAUGCCUGCCUUCAAGCCCGGGGAGCAAGUGCUCCUGAAUGCCAACAACCUUCACGAUGCCUAGGAAUGGCCUGGUGUGGCACACACCUGCCCCUCCAGCCAGCCCUCUCCCUCAGAUGCUGCCACUGUGCUCCUCCCUCAGCCCCCAGGUCUGCCUCUCUUCGUUUGCAGUCCGUUUGCUGGACGGGUGCUUGGCAGCCCGGGGCAGCUGGCUGUGGGUGCUGUGGUGUGCAGUGCUGCUAUGAAUCAACACACUGAGGACCAUGGGGCCCACCAUGCCUGGGAAGGGGCCUGUUUCCCAACGUAUUGUUAGGGGAAGGCUGUGGGCCUGCACGGGUCCCUUUCCUGCUGACCACACAGGUCCUGGCAACACAGGCCAGGUUUCUCUUGACCUCAUCGGGGUACCAAAGGAGCUAUCACUCACUGGUUGCCGUGAUUCCAUCACAUCCAGUGUCCCUGUGUCCCCACCCUGCCCCUACCAUUUGACGGUAGCAUUGGAUGUGUGUCCUGUUGUCAUUUCUGUUACCCUACAGGUAUUAAACCCAUAAACUUC